CCCGUGGGAUAUAAAGCCCCGGUGCAGGGCGGGCACAGACGGACACCCCGACCCGGCUGCCAUGGACGUCACCAUCCAGCACCCCUGGCUGCGCCGGCCCCUGGGCCCCAGCCCCUUCCUCGCCAACCGCCUCUUCGACCAGCGCUUCGGCGAGGGGCUGCUGGAGAGCGAGCUGGCUGCCCUCUGCCCCGCUGGGCUCGGCCCCCUCUACAGCCGGCUGCCCAGCGCGGCCCUGCCCGACACCCGCCUCUCCGAGGUGUCGCUGGACAAGGACCGGUUCUCGGUGCUGCUGGACGUGAAGCAUUUCUCCCCCGAGGAGCUGAGCGUGAAGGUGGUGGGCGACUACGUGGAGGUGCACGCCAAGCACGAGGAGCGCCCGGACGAGCACGGCUACAUCUCCCGUGAAUUCCACCGGCGCUACGGGCUGCCCCGGGGCGUGGACCCUGCCACCAUCACCUCGGCCCUCUCGCCCGACGGCAUCCUCUCCAUCACGGCGCCCACCAAGCCAGAGGGCAAGGCCCAGGAGCGCACUGUGCCCAUCGCCCGGCAGCAGACCCCUGCCGUGACUGGGAAAUAGGGGCCAAGGAUCCGCUCCGCUCCCCCCCCCAGAGCCUGAGGCCCAACUCGGGACACCCCCUCGGGACUACACAAUUGCAGGGGCUCCCCUCCAGGCUAGGGGCGCGGAGAGCCGAGUGCGUCCCAGGGCACAGGGAGCCGGGGUUUGCUCCUUACCCCAGCAGCUGCUUGGCGGGGUCCUGGAUUUCCCACGGGGGGUACUGGUUCUGCACGGAGCCAGCGCUCUGCUAAUAAACACCACUCACCUGCUGGA